AUGGCUUCUGCCACACCCUUCGAGGAUCUGACUUUGGAUUUUGCCUGUCCAAUUUGUCUGGAAUGGUUCCAGGAACCGGUUGCCCUCCCAUGCGGCCAUCUUUACUGCCAGGCCUGCAUUGAGACAGCUUGGCGAACUCUGGGCGGUGAGGCCGUCUGUCCCCAAUGCCGGAAGCCAUUUCCAGAGAGGACCUACACCCCAUGCUGGCUCCUGGGAACUUUGAUCCACCGAAUCAGGAAAAUGAACCCUGGAGAGGCUGAGGAGGGACGAUGCAGUGAAGUCGUGCGUGCAGAAUCGGUGCAGCAGCAGAAUCAUGCACGGUUCAGCGAGGUCACAAAGUGGUAUAAGGAAGAGCUCUCUUCAGCUGUGUCGCAGCUGGAGGCCAACCUGGACAGACUUCUGAUGUUUAAAAGGGAGUCAGAAGAGAGGCUUCAGAACCACAAGGCAAUCGUGCUGAGCCUUGGAGACCACAUCUCCACAGAACUUCGGCAACUCCACCGCUUCCUCAGGGGCAGUGAGGAGACAUGGAAGGCCCAGCUGAAUGAGGAAGGAGAAGCCCUUCUUCGACAGGCAGAAGGGAGGCUGGCGGCACUGGUGGAGUCCAGCCAGGCAGCCCAGGAAUUGCUGUUGGAAGCCCAGAGCCAUCUGCAGCUGCAGGACUCUGCAGUGUUCCUCAAGGGUAUACCCUCCCUUCUGAAGAGAGUGAAGCGGCAGCAAAGCCUUCCAGCUUUUCCUGACAUUCAACUCCAGCUCCAGGCGCUUGAACAGUUCAAAGGGCCAAUCCAGUACAUCUCAUGGAAGAAAAUGAGAUCUGCUCUCAACAUUGAGUUCCCCCAUAUAACUCUGGACCCUGAAACAGCUCAUCCUUGCCUUGUUCUUUCGGAUGACUGCACCUGCGUCCGGGAUGGCCAACUCCGCAGGGACGUCCUAGACACUCCAAUGCGGUUCAACUACUGUGUGGCUGUUCUAGGUUGCCAAGGCUUUUCCUCAGGGAAACAUUAUUGGGAGGUAGAAGUGGGCAACAAGCCCUCCUGGACCUUAGGGCUGGCUAACAUUUCCAUCAACCGCAAGGGGAAAAUUGCCGCCUCCCCUGCCAAUGGCUACUGGGUAAUCCAGCUAAAAAAUGGGGUGGAGCUCACGGCCAAGGACACCCCCCCUCAAAGGCUGUGCCCUGCCUCUUUUCCCAAGAGAGUUGGGGUUUAUCUGGAUUACGAAGGGGGGCUGGUGUCUUUCUAUGAGGCCUUCAACAUGACCCACCUCUACUCUUUUGUAGCCCCCAGGUUCCGUGGAACUCUGCUCCCCUAUUUUUGCCCCGGACUUUAUAAUUCAGGGGCAAACGCAACCCCCUUAAAAAUAUGCUAUCUUUCAGCUUUGUAGAAGAGAAAGAUCCCUUCUAAUCCCAAAUCUAGACAGAA